CCUUUCUGUAUCUGAGUUCUUCAGUCCUCAGAUUAUUUCUCCUGUAUAAGGACGCCCAGGAGGGCUGGGGAGCGGACGAGGCUCCUUUUACUUUUCUUCUUCUUUUUUGUUUUUUCCCACCUACUUUUUUCUUCAAGUUCCUGUGAUCUUCGGGAAUGCUACUGUGCUUGUGUGUGUGGUCUCUGAGCACUGCAGUGGAGAGGCACUGGUGACAUGUAUGUCGUCAAGACAUGUGCAACCUGCACCAUGGACUGGGCAAUCCUCUUUGUGACAAUCUUCGUGCUCUCAGAUGCUGUUCCCAUGAAGAGGCAAGCUUAUUCCAAUGGGACUGCAUACCUGCCGUGCCCAUCUACGAAGGCUCAAAACAUGAGCCUGAAUGAGCUGGUAGUAUUUUGGCAGGACCAGCAAAACUUGGUUCUGUAUGAGCACUUUCUGGGCACAGAGAAACUUGAUAACGUGAAUGCCAAAUACUUGGGCCGCACAAGCUUUGAUGGGGAUAACUGGACUCUGCGACUUCACAACGUUCAGAUCAAAGACAUGGGCUCAUAUACUUGUUUUAUACAAAAAAAGACACCCACAGGAUCAAUUAUCCUCCAGCAGACAUUAACAGAGCUAUCAGUGAUUGCUAACUUCAGUGAACCUGAAAUAGAACUGUCUCAGAAUGUAACAAGAAAUUCUCCCAUAAAUUUGACCUGCUCGUCUAAGGAUGGUUACCCGAAACCUACGAAGAUGUAUUUUCUGAUAACUAAUUCAACUAAUGAGCGUGGUGAUAACAUGCAGAUAUCACAAGACAAUGUCACAGAACUGUUCAGUGUCUCCAUCCGCCUUUUUCUUCGAUUCCCGGAUGGUGUGUUCAAUAUGACUGUUGUGUGCAUUCUGGAAACGGAGUCAAUGAAUAUUUCCUCCAAACCUUACAAUUUAGUCCCAGAGUCCCAAUUUGUUCGAGAGAAUCAGAUCCAGAGUGUAGCUUCCAUUUCAGUUAUGUGCUGCUCCGUUCUGCUGCUGUUUGUCUUCUUGGUGGCAAAAAAAUGUUGCAAGAAGCAGAACCAGCCUGGCAGACCCAGAGGCACGACAUAUACAUUGGAACAGGAUGGCAGUGCUGACAGAAAGUCAAUCAACCUGAAGGAACUUGAACCCCAAAUUACAUCAGCAAAACCAAAUGCAGAGUGAAGGCAGUGAGUGACCGAGGAAAGAGUUAAAAUCUGUGUGCCUGAAAUAAGAAGUCCAGAGUUGUUCACAAUCCAAAAUGUCCUCAGAUGACUGGAGUACUGCACUUCAUUAAUUAAAGAACAAAAUCCACAAUGGUCUCCAUAUUUUAUCCUGUUUCCUUUCCAAGUUUUUGGGCAACCUCUUUGAUUUCCCAGAAGACAAGAGAAUAUAAUUAUUAGGUUAGAAGAUGCACUGAGACUCCCUCAAGGUAAAAUAGUCCCCUGUGAUGCCAGCUCUGUCCCCUAUGCCAUAAACAGACAUUUAUUUUGUCUUGCUUUGUUUAACUCAGUACACACUCAUGGGCCAAGUGCACUGAAAUGGCUUCUUUCCCAGGAAUAACAUUUUGGAUCAACCUCUCCUACUUUAGAUCAGAUUCCUCUCCUAAUUUUGCAGUGUGUUUUUAUAUGGAACUCCUUGUAGGAAUACUGGCUUUUAUCAGUCUUGUACACUUGCAUAUACAAGUAUACUUGUAUAGUUGCACCUGGACAACUACCUCUUCAGUCAGGAUGGGAGUGGUGUACUUGAUGAUAUUAUUUGAUGUGUUUGUGUUGAUAUCUUAAAAUAGCAAGGAGUAUAUACUCUAGUAGCUCAACUACAAUGAUCUAGAGAAAGAUCCGGGACUUAUAAGGACACUGUUCCUCCAUCAGGAUCAGUAACAAAUGCAAUAACCUAGAUCAUAUGCAGGUGACAGCAUAGAGUUCUCAAUGCUGGGAAAUUGAGAAACACAUAUAUGGAACCAUCUCUGGAUUCAAGAGCUGAUCCUACACAGGCUGCCACAGAUACUGGGAGAAUUCACCUGCCCAGCCAGCAAGUCACAAACUUUAGCAGGCAGCACUGAAGAGAGCAAGACAUACUACAUGCCCCGACUCUUAUUUCUCCUCUUGAGAAAAUGGGCUGCUGGGAACAGUCUGGAGACAGCUGUGCAAGAAUGAGACAGCCACACACUCAAAACCAGGGGAAAGCAACAGAAUCCAACCAACAAAUGUUUGCAGAGGGAUUGAUCUGUGUAGUCCAUUGAAAAGUCAAGAAGCCAGAGAUAGACUGGUGUGUCUCAAUGGAUGUAGCCACCAGCCACCUCAGUGCUCAACAGGUGUUUUACGAUCUCCGUGUUUCAAAUUCAUCUGGACAUAGAGCUAGAGAGAGAGCAGUCACAUUGGUAAAAAGCUAGGACUCUUCUCAGCUCAUGGUUUGUGUAGAAGGAGGAAAAUCACAACACUCUGAGGCUACCUUAGUCUGCAGAUACUCCAGUGGGCGUGGCUUGGCCCUUCAAAGAAGAACAAAGAGCAACUGAUGCUGAAAGCACAGGGUGUGUCUAUAAAGCUUGGAGUAGUCACCACCCAGACUUAAGGAGAACUUUGGCAGGUCUGAGCAUCAAAACACUGCUCUUUACAUUUUAUAUAAAGGACCAUGGAGGGUUGUAACUGUUUCCAUAGCAGGGCUCAUGCUUGUAAUGUUUCCUUGUAUACAUCUUGACCCAGCCUGUGCAGACUCUUAGGAUCUGGCCAGAAACUAACAUGUUCUGUAUGGAGUAGAUUUCAAUAAAGUUUUCUUGAAUUUUU